UAUAAAGAGGCUGGAAAAUCUUUUGGGCAUUAGACUUGAAGCGUCUUCAGUUUAUACACCUGAUCAGCACCUCUAUACCAAAAUGUACAGGACCGGACUCCUCCUCCUGGCCGCCGCGCUGCUUCCCUUGGCCUCCGCCUAUGGCGUCCCGAGGCAGCCUCCCCAGCAGGUUCCUUCCUAUCAGCAGACUCAGCAGGAAAUUUCUCCAAUCCUCUUCCCUUCCGAAUCCGGGCCAGAGCAGCAGAAGCUCUGCCCCACCAGCACCGUCUACCAGAAGGUCACGGAGACGGAGGUCGUCCCAACCUAUGUCACCAAGACGCUUGACCGCUACGUGACGGAGUACGAGACGCAGGUCCAGACGCAGUACCAGACCGUGGCCACUACAGUUGUCCAGCCUUCCUACAUCACCGAGACCGAGUACAAGACCAACUAUAAGACCAAUUAUGAGACCGAAUAUUUAACCGAGACUGUACACAACACGCAGACCAUCCACUCUACAUACACACAGGUCGAUACAACCUCCGUAUACGUCACCAAGACGCAAGAUCACUACGUCACCAACACCUACACCGUCACAGCUACUAUUACCUCAUCAGUACCUCAUUACGUCACCACCACAUCAGAGAUCAACAACUACGUCACCGUGACAAAGGAAUGCAACGCUCCUAUCAAGAAUGGCGGCUACGGAUACGGGAAGUAAUUCGCAGCCGAACUACCAACCAAGAGCCGAAUGUGCCGCGUUACUCAGGAACUCACUCAAGGCGCCUUUGCAAGGGGAGGUUGGAGACGCUUCGGAAUGGAAUCCGGAGAGGUUGAGGGAAUAAGGGCAUUUAUAGAAUGAGAGAGAGAGAGAGAGAGAGAGAGAGAGAGAGAGAGAGAGAGAGAGAGAGAGAGAGAGAGAGAGAGAGAGAGAGAGAGAGAGAGAGAGAGAGAAAGAGAGAGAGAGAAGGAGAGAGAGACACGUAAAUGUUGGGAUUAAGGGCAUUUAGAGAGAGAGAGAGAGAGAGAGAGAGAGAGAGAGAGAGAAGGAGAGAGAGACACGUAGAUGUUGGGAUUAAGGGCAUUUAGAGAGAGAGAGAGAGAGAGAGAGAGAGAGAGAGAGAGAGAGAGAGAGAGAGAGAGAGAGAGAGAGAGAGAGAGAGAGAGAGAGAGAGAGAGAGAGAGAGAGAAGGAGAGA